GGAAUUAAAUGACCAGCAGAAAUUGUUGACAUGACUUGACUUUGGGAAUCAACUGGGACAUUGAGUUCAUCUUUCGGAAAGGAACACCCUCUUUGUGUAGCUCUGUGCUAGGAAAGAACCUCGCUUGAAUCUACUCUACUGAAUUUUGAUUGCAGAAAUAAGUGUUGACAUCAUUUCGCCGGGUAGUUUUGAAGUGCCCAGUUUUUCUAAAGAGGAGAUUUUGCAACCCAUCCAGAGCCCCCGAGUGUGAAUGUAACUAGGGUAAUGGACGCACCUUUUUUCUUGCCUGAACUCUGGGUACAGUGCUUAUUGUUUACAGCAUUGUGAUGAGCGGUUUUUGAGAUGAAGUGCCUGGAUUUCCAUAUGGAUUGAUAUUCAAUUCAUUAGAGCAUAACCUUCUGCAUCUUGCCGCUUGGGAAAAUUAGUGCACUUUUUUUUUUCUUCUUUUGUUUUUCAGCUGGAUUUUCAGGAGAUUUGCAAUAUAAUUGUUUACAUCGUUUUGACAUCCACUGUGAAAACUGAGGAAAUAAUUUUAACCGAGAAGAUAAAUGUGAGGUGAAACAGACCUGAAUGUUGUUGUCACUUGAUAACUGUGACUGGAACAAACUUUGUUUAUCAAUGUAUGAUUUCAAUGCCUUAUUGACUGUUUGCUUUUUGUGUGUAGAAAUUUCUCAACUUUAGAAAUUUGGCUGUGUUUGUCGGAAGGAUAAAAAGUUGCUAUAAAAAGACUGAUGAAAUCAUCCUAACUGUAGCUUUAUUAGAAAAAGAAAACGGUGGUUGAAUCAGGAGCAUUGUAUUCACCGUUUCCUGUGUUUCACACAUUCCAACGUGUAUUUGACGUCGGCACAAGCAAGAGUGUAUUAAUAGAGAUUGCGAGUGUUGUUUACCAGCCUGGACUGUAUGUUGUAAACUGAUGCCUCUGAUCGUACAUCUUUUUGGCCUGUGAUAUGCCUGCCUUGUGAAAAGUAGAACAUUCUCACAGAGUACUGAUGGAUAACAACAAAUCCAACAUGAAAAUGCACAUGAAGGCUUUGAUCACAUCGCCGAGGUUCAUCCGAAAGCGGUUUGCAAGCCUGCCGUACAUCACUGUACAACCGGAUGCGGAUGGAACGGAUCGAUUAAGCCCAGCCAUGCUGCCUUCAGAUCACAUGACCCACUUAUCCCAUCAUGCAUCACUCACUGAAAAGGACACGCUUCCCCUUCCGGACUCGGAUGUCGUUACUCGACCUCGGAGCCUCAAGACAAAGCGUCUCUCAGAGUCGAGCGACGGAGGGACUCGACCAGCGAGUAUAGCGGUGUUUGGGUCACCACACUCUAUCAGGAGGUCAUCAAAGACUGGUUCGUCCACCAGUCUGAACUCAGACUGCGUUGAUGCGCCUAUUGUCAAUCAUGCGGAAAUACUCCAGUUGACGAUGGACGUCAGAACUUUCUCAGAGUCGCUGAAUCGAUUAAAACUCAUCUUUAACCAAGACGGAGAAAGAACAGAGUCAUUGCGAGUUCUUGCCCACGAUAAACUUCGAGAUUUGCUGAAUAUACUACGGAAUAUUCUAGACAAGUACAGUGCCCUACGGUCGACCGAUGUCCACACAGCGGCCGUGUUGCUUAUUACGCAGAUCAAGAGUCUAAAGGAUGAGAGUGAAGAGGAAAGAAUUAAACUAUUUGAGGCCAUAGAUCAACUGGCACUUGCCUUCAGCAGCAGUGUAACAGAAUAUCUGAUGGGAGAUGUUGAGCAGGGCAGUAUUAACAUGGGAUUCCCAUCAUCAAAGUCUUAUGACAGCCUAUCUUCAGUGACAACAAGCUCCGAUGGUGGCAAUGUGUACAGUCGUCAUAUGUCUCAAGAUAGCAGGGAAUCAGCCUGUUUGUCUGCUAGUGAGCUGGACGAUACUUUGAUGCAUUUAGAUGCUGGUCUAGACCUGGCUUUAGACAGAGCUAAAGUCUGGUCUAAAUACGCUAAGGAUGUCAUCUGCUACGUUGAGAAGAGGACCCACUUAGAGUCUGAAUUUGCGAGGAGUAUUGCUAAAUUAGCUGGCACAACACGUCCAACACUCAAAGAAGAGACAUAUCUCCCAUUCCAGUCUACCUAUCUCACAGCACUAGAGCAUGAUCUCAACUAUCUAAAAAACUGUGAUGCCACUCAUCUGCAUAUUCAGGGCCAUAAAUUUGUUGAGCAACUGGAGGCAAGGAGGGCAGACCAUGACAAGAAAAGAAAACAUAUACGUCAAACAUGGAACAGUAUCAAGAAAGAAAUGCAUGAGCGUAAGACCAACAUGGAGAAGUGUCAGCAGCAGUACUUCAACCGCUGCCAGGAAUACGAGAAGAUUAGAGAGUCUGCUGCCAAGAUGGAGACCGAGAUCUUGAAUACGAGUAGCGGCACCAACGCCAGUAAACUUGAGAAGAAGAAGAAAGCAGAGGAAGACGCAUUGAUGAAGGCCAAGGAAGCUGAGACUACAUACAAGGCAUGCAUUGUUGAAGCCAAUGCAAAGAGGCUGGACAUGGCUGCUGUUAAGAAGGAACUGCUGGUGAAACUCAGAGAGCUUAUCUACCAGUGCGAUCAGACCAUGAAAGCAGUGACAGUGAGUUACUUCCAGUUACAGCAUUCUCUCUCGGCCCCAGCACCAGUCCAAUUUCAGACCCUUUGUGAGCAGAGUAGAUGUUAUGAGCCUGGUGUUCAAUUCAGUGAGUUCGUCCGCCAUUACAAGCCUAGGGUUAAAGGUCACUCGUCCAGACAUGCAGAGGCCUUCGUCUUUGAGCCUUAUGCUGUGUUUGAUAGACCACGUAAGCCAAGCUCCCACUCCUUGGACAGCCAAGAUGAUGAUAGAUUGGUUUCACCAAGUAAGCAUGGACAUCCAAGGACUAGUAGCUCACCAGAUAGGACAGAUAAGAGCAAACCAGUACAUGCCUGGGUGGGCACUGCACCAGCACAACACGCUAGUGACUCGGACAGUAUGAGUGGCAGCUCCACUAAGUCUGUUGAUGCGUCGCCCUCAGCAAGCCCGAUGAAUGGUCAUCGAAACCUCAACAGAGAAGUUUCUACGGGAACCAUGUCAUCAGGGGAUGAGUUGGUUGAGACGGAUGACAGCCGACAAACACCUAGUGGCACAAAACUGAUCGAGUCAGUGCCAAACUCCUUUCGCAAUCUUGCCUUCUCAAAAGCAGCUCACACCCACCUCAUACGGAAGCUCCGUACCCCCUCUAAGUGUCGUGAGUGCGAUAGCUACGUCUACUUCAAUGGCGCGGAGUGUGAACGCUGCGGCCUUGCAUGCCACAAGAAGUGCCUGGAAUCGCUGGCGAUCCAGUGCGGUGGUAAGAGGCUUAUGGGCAGGAUGAAUGUCUUUGGCGUCCCUCUACGAGACCACCUAAAAGCCACCAAUCGGGAUGCUCCAUUCUUGGUGACAAAAUGUUCAUCUGAGAUCGACACGAGAGCAAUACAUGUGAAGGGUGUCUAUCGAGUGGCAGGGUUAAAGGUCAAAGUUGAAAAGUUAUGUCAGACAUUUGAGAAUGGUCUUGACCUUGUUGACCUUUCUGAGACUCCUCCGCAUCUCAUUACCAGCGUUCUAAAACUGUACUUCAGACAACUCCCAGAGCCUCUGAUGACCUUUAAGCAUUACCCAGAAUUCAUCAGUCUAGCCAAGGAGUUUCCUCGCAGCGUCCCUGAAAGCGCUGAGGAUGAGGAGAGACUGAUCGCUAAACUCAGGAUCAUUGUUAACGGCAUGCCGGAAGAGAAUUUCAAGACACUGAGAGUUCUUAUGCAUCAUCUUAAAGGCGUUUCAGAGAAUGAAGACUUCAAUCAGAUGACUGCAAGUAAUUUAAGCAUUGUGUUUGGGCCAACACUUCUAAGACCAAAUGAUAACACAGCUUCCCUCUCAGCAUUAGUGGACAUGCCACAUCAGACGAGGGCUAUUGAGAUGCUCAUACUUUAUGCAGAGGUGUUUGGUCCCAGAGAGACACAAGUGGAGCAGUUUCAGUCAGAACCAAGGACAUCCUCUCCCCUACCGUCUGACAUCAACCAUGGCAGCGUUAACUACUCGCCGAACAAAAGUACAAACAACUCCACCCACAUGGCAGCACCAGCUCCUGUAGAGACAGUAACAGCUGGCUCACGUAGAGUGCCAGGGUUUGUCUUACCAGGAAGCAGUGAAGAUAGUGGAGACAUCUUGCCUUGUCUAGCUGCUGAUGUCAACUCUGGAGAAGAAGGGGAUGGAGAUAGCUCCGGGAACGAAGGAGAAGGAGAAGAAGCCUCAGCCAGUGAAGACCAGUUUGACUCUGACCAAGACGCUUCCCCGUUAGUCCGUCGUCGCUCACCGGUUCCAAAGUGCCACCGGGAUUCCUCUCCACAGCCCAUCAAACAGACACUAUUAUCCGUGGCGAGUCAAUACCACAAAACUCAACUAUCUACAUCCUUGCCGGAGACAGUGGGGCAGCUUUCUGAUGCUGCUGGGCAGUCAUCAUCACCUACUGGCCACGCCCUCUCAGACCUAUCGCCCAUUGAGGGGUACAUCCCGAGUGCUUACUCACAAAACUCUCCCCAGAGAUCCUCCCUGAUGACUGAUCAACCAGAGGUCACGGUGGCGGGGUCAUCGUCCAGUGCAGGCAGCCACUCUGCUGCUUCGUCAUCAACAUCGGAAUCAACGGAGCAUUCGGGCUCAUCGGCUCAAAGUCUGUCCCGACCUCGCUCUAAUAAGUCGCGGCAACCGCAGUUCGUCUGAAAGCACCGGUGUGGUUGGAGAAUUUAUUUAUUGAUAUGGGAAGGAUGUGUGUAAGUGACGGCUAGCCACUGAUUGUUAUUGGUUGAGCUGCUGUUACGGUGUGAUGGCCCGGUCGUUACUGACAUCAGCGGACUCUAUGGUUCAUCAGUAAUCGGCCAGUACUUUUACAUUUUUCUAUUCAUGCUUACCUUCUGGACCAGUGGACAUUUAUUUCACUGGCUUCAAUGUUUUUUUUUUUUUUCUAGUUCUACUUAUGUCACAUGACCAGUGUAGAUUGCUGGACCUGUUAGGCUGAAAAUAGUUUUGGAUAAAAUAGAAAAACAACUUUUAGAAAGACUGGAUAGUAUUUCUAUGCAUAGUGACAGUUCUUUGUCACACAUUUGAACAAAAUAUUCUUAUAAAAAGAUCAUCAUCCUAGUUCGGCCAUUUUUGUAUAUUUGAUUCAAAAUUUAUUUGAAUCAAUUGGAGGCUGGUGUCAAGUAAAUAGACUGGUGCCUUUCUUUAUGAUCUUAAAAAUACAGCCUUGUGUCAGGGCACCAGACAAGUCAUAGUUUGUUGAUGAGAAGCCUGAAUGACAGUCCUGUAUGCUUCAGUUUUGAAAGUGCAAGGGCACCAAGGCAUUUUCUCCUUGGUAAAGGGCACCCUAUAAGGAAAUUUCUUGUUGAGCAUUUCAAGGGCACCAAGGCAAUGACCAAUGGGCAUCGAGGCAAUCGCAUUCGUUGCCUCCGUGAAGAAUCAGGAAUGGGAUGACCUUUAUAAACAAGGGCCCAAUUUCUUUGAGUGUGGAACUUUUGUCCCUUCUAUUCUCGGUACAUUUCCAGUGAGUUGACCAGCGAUUUUUAAUCCAAGCAACUGCACUGGCUGUGUAUGUUGGCACGACUGUAAAUUUUGUGUACUGAAUUUAUGCAUUCACAUUGUCAUAAUGAAUAGCCUACUAUUGCAGACUUUAAACCACAGUGGAAAAUAGUAGACAGUAGGAGGGUUGACUGUGUAAUGUGAUGAUGCAAUCACAUUUAGUGGUCAGACAGUAGGAGGGUUGACUGUGUAAUGUGAUGAUGCAAUCACAUUUAGUGGUCAGACAGUAGGAGGGUUGACUGUGUAAUGUGAUGAUGCAAUCACAUUUAGUGGUCAGACAGUAGGAGGGUUGACUGUGUAAUGUGAUGAUGCAAUCACAUUUAGUGGUCAGACAGUAGGAGGGUUGACUGUGUAAUGUGAUGAUGCAUUCACAUUUAGUGGUCAGACAGUAGGAGGGUUGACCGUGUAAUGUGAUGAUGCAUUCACAUUUAGUGGUCAGACAGUAGGAGGGUUGACUGUGUAAUGUGAUAAAGCAUUCGCCACAUAAUCAUUUUGAAGGCCUGUGUAGUUUAUCUAUUAUUCAAAACCACAGUGGAGGAUAUUUAGUGGACAGACUGUAGGAGGGUUGACUGUGUAAUGUGAUGAUGCAUUCACAAUAUGAUAUCAUAUUGCAGAGUCAUACAUACAUUGCAGGCCUUGACUUUCUUCUUUGAAAGGGCAAGGCCAUUUUAUUUUGCAAAGGUCAUUUCCAUUGGAAAAUCUUAAAGUCUAUUGGAAACUUUUGAAAGGGCACCAAGACCAGGGUCAACGGAGGCCGUGUAACUCCAGGAGGCCUGAGAUUGAUAGUCAUUGAGAACCACAGUGGAUGAUAUUGAAUGGUCAGACAUAAAUACUUGAUAUGAAAUUAAAAGGUGCUACAUGCAGAGGAAAGAUCAAACAAAGUUGAACAAAAUUGAAACUUGCAAUACCCACAGAGAGAACAAACAUUAACAUAUAUACAGCAGAAUAGUCAGGGCUCAGAACAAUUGUAUUUUUAUAUCAAAACAAAUUAUAUUUAUUUCAAUAAGUAAUCAAAUAUUGUAUUUAAAUCUGUACAUGUUUCUUGAAAUAUUGUAAACAAAUGCUUUACAAGAUGCUGAAGGCUUCGGUUGAACUUAUGCUGAUAUUCUGAGCUUUAAGUUUUUAAAGAAUUUUUCUGGAAUUUUACAGACACUGGACACUAUUGUUAAUUGUAAAACACCAGUCUUC